AGAUUACUUCGGUUUUCAGCUCUCCGUGCUGACAUGGUAACUGAACGGGGGCUUUCAGCGACAGGCAGACGGGGACAGCUGCUCCGGAGAGGCUAGCAGGAACAGCCUGGUAGGGUCCAUCUCGGAUAGACGCGGAUGAUGCCAGAGCUAUGACAGGGAUUGCAGCCUUGGCACUGAGGGGUGAUCAAUUAUGGAACAACUACAGGAGGAAGUACCUGAGGUCAGGGAAGAGGAGGAGGAAGAGGAAGAGGCAGUGAUGGUGGCAAACAGAGCCUCGGACCCAAGUGGAGGACCAGACAGCUCGCUGCCUUCAAGCAGCUACACAGACCUUUCGCAGAGCUCCUCUCCCUCCCUGUCGGACCAACUGCAGAUGGGCUGUGAGGAGGCGGCCUCGGGAGCGCUGAACGUGGAGUGCAGGGUCUGCGGAGACAAAGCCUCGGGGUUUCACUACGGCGUGCACGCCUGCGAGGGCUGCAAGGGUUUCUUCCGCCGGACGAUCCGCAUGAAACUGGACUACGAGAAGUGCGAGAGGAGCUGCAAGAUUCAGAAGAAGAACCGAAACAAGUGCCAGUACUGCCGCUUCCAGAAAUGCCUCUCGCUGGGCAUGUCACAUAACGCGAUCCGCUUCGGCCGCAUGCCGGAGGCAGAGAAGAGGAAGCUGGUGGCAGGACUGACAGCGAGCGAGAUCAGCUGCCAGAACCCGCAAGUGGCCGACCUGAAAGCUUUCUCGAAGCACAUCUACAAUGCCUACCUGAAAAAUUUCAACAUGACCAAAAAGAAGGCGAGAGGUAUCUUGACCGGGAAGGCCAGCAGCACCCCACAGCCUUUUGUGAUCCAUGACAUGGACACCUUGUGGCAGGCAGAAAAGGGGCUGGUGUGGAAACAGCUAGUGAAUGGCAUUCCCCCCUACAAGGAGAUCGGGGUGCACGUCUUCUACCGCUGCCAGUGCACCACGGUGGAGACUGUGCGGGAGCUCACCGAGUUCGCCAAGAGCAUCCCCAGCUUCAUAGGCCUCUACUUGAACGACCAAGUGACUCUGCUGAAGUACGGGGUGCACGAGGCCAUCUUCGCCAUGCUGGCCUCUAUCAUGAACAAGGAUGGGCUGUUGGUGGCCAACGGGAACGGCUUCGUGACCCGUGAGUUCCUGCGUAGCCUGCGCAAGCCCUUCAACGAGAUCAUGGAGCCCAAAUUUGAGUUUGCUGUGAAGUUCAACGCGCUGGAGCUGGAUGACAGCGCCCUGUCUCUGUUUGUGGCUGCCAUUAUCCUGUGCGGAGACCGUCCUGGGCUGAUGAACGUGAAGCAGGUGGAGGAGAUCCAAGACAACAUCCUGCGCGCGCUGGAGUUUCACCUGCAGUCUAACCACCCGGAUGCCCAGUACCUCUUCCCCAAGCUGCUGCAGAAGAUGGCCGACCUGCGGCAGCUGGUGACGGAGCACGCCCAACUGGUGCAGAAGAUCAAGAAGACGGAGACGGAGACAUCUCUGCACCCGCUCCUGCAGGAGAUCUACAAGGACAUGUACUAAGGACCUGUUAUUUAUGAGAAUGAAGCCAUGGAUUCCCAACAAGACUCUUUGUACAGAAACAAAGAAAACCUUUCCCCAUGUCUUCCAUUUCUUCUACUGGAAACUCUUUUCUACAUGGCCCUGACGUACGGUACAUAGGGCAAGAUGCCGUAAGAUUUUGCAGCCACCAUCUGCUGGGGCAGGGCUUCUGUUAACACACACUAACAAAUUUACAAAGGCAAAUC